UCAAUUCUUGGAAGAACGUGGAAAGUAUUUUUAAUUUGCUAUUAGUAUUUUAAUUGUUGUAAUUAAUUAUAAUGACGUAUAUGUAAGACGUCAUGAUGAAUGAUUGGUAAAUAAUCUUCGUAUCAAUUUCGGCAGUAAGUGGAAUAAAAAGCUGUCAUUUUAUAGGUGGACUUCUUAAUAAACAAUUACAAAAUACAUUCAUCUGUAAUAGUGUACAUGUAAAUCGACUGUGUGCAAAAUGCCACCAAAACCAGCAAAGGAAACAUUGAUAUUCUUAAUGAAUAUAGGAGUAACAUCUUCUGAUAAACAAAGUAAUCCAUCCUUGAUUGAGAAGGCUAAACAUAUUAUGAAGAGAAUUGUUGAAAGGAAGAUCUUUCUGCAACCAAAGCAUGAAAUUGGAGUUAUAUUGAUGGGUUCUUCUAUUACAAAGAACAGCUUAGAUACAGAACACGUGGAAGAAUUUUUAGAUAUUCAGAUACCAAAUUGGAACAUGAUAGAGAAAAUUAUGCUUCUACAAGCCACAAACUAUUGUUCCAAUUGGGUAGAAGCACUUAUUGCGACAGUCAACUAUAUGAAGAAAAAGGUUAUUGAUGCUUGCUUGAGAAAAGUAAUUCUUAUGUCAGAUUUUAACGAGGAAGAAGAUAUUAUCUCACAGUUUCAGAUAGAUGAAAUUGCAGACAUAAUUUCUACAAGCGAAAUUGGUUUGCUUUCAAUAGGUGAAAAAUCAUUAGAUGAAACUUCUCUUAAUAUCAGCAAGCAGUUUCUUAAGGCUUUACUCACGAAGAUUAAGGGUCAACAUAUAAUAUUUGAUAAUGCUAUAUCAGACUACAGAUUUUAUGAGCAAGUACCAACAAAUCCUAUGCCAUGGAAUGCUACCUUAGAAUUAAUUGACAUAAAGAUACCAAUUGCUAAUUACUUGAAAGUAACUGAUGAUAAAAAAUUUCCGUCAUGGAAAUUGGCAAAGGAGAAAAAAUCACUUAAAUCGGUAGUACGGUACUUGGACCGGCAGAGAACAAACUAUAAAAGAGAUGAAAUUGUAGCAGGCUACAAAUAUGGGGGAGAGUUUGUUUCAAUCAAUGAUGAAUCUUUGCGUUAUAAAAGCGGACCGCAAAACUAUAGUAUUUGCAGUUUUACAAGCAGAGAUAAUAUUGAUUUGGAGUACUGGUACGACAAAACUACGCGAGUUGUUUUACCUUCGCCUCGAGUGGAAUACGCGGCUAGGCCAUUUUACAAUUUGGUCCAAGCGAUGCAUAAUAGAAAUUUGGUCGCCAUUGUAAGAAAAGUUUAUAGAGAGAAUAGUGCACCUCAAAUGGUAGCAUUAUUCCCAUGUAUUGAUGUUCCAGAUGAACCAUGGUGUCUGGUAGAGAUAGCAUUAGCAUUUGCAGAAGACAGAAGAGUGAUAGAGACGAGACCCAUGAAGUCUGUUAUUAAACAGUUAACAAAUGAACAAAACGAAGCUGUAGAUAAUUUAUUAGACUCGUUAAUGCUACCCGAUACAGAAGACAGUUACGAAGCGGAUGGACGUCACUGUUUCCUACCAGGAUGCGAGCCUGAUCCAGCAUUACAGCACAAGUGGCACAUGUUAUCUUAUCGCGCACUUCAUCCCAAUGAACCGUUACCACUUAUGGACAAUUAUUUAAAAGAAGUUCUGGAAGAUUCAUCGUUGAAAGAGAAUAGUAAAUAUCAUUUACAGAAAAUCGCGAAAUUAUUCAAGUUGGAAAGCAUAGAGCCCAAAAAGACUCGAAGGGAUGCAUCCAAGGAAGAAGAUAAUAUUCAGAAUGUUGACAUGACUAAUGUCGAAGAGUCUGUGAAAAUGGAUGAUAAGUUUGAUGCAAUGGACUCUUUUGACGAAUCAGUUAUGUCCUUGGAUACCUCGGAUAUUGAUGUGGCUGACUUGGCGGACAACAUAUAGUAAUAGUGUUUGGAAUUCCUCUGUCAAUGAAAUUUCGUAAAGAGAUUAAUCUUAUAAAGUCGUCAUCUACUUGACGCAUUGCCUUCCUCUUAAGUAGACUAUAAGCGAGUAAAAUAUUUUUGUACUUAUAGACGUAUUAUGAAAAAUAUUGUACAGAAGGGGUCAUGAAAUAAAGUGGAAUAAUAAUUGGAAGAAAAGUAAUCCUUGAGACGAA